UUUCGCGACUUCUAUGUUUUCGCUGCUUUUUUCCAAGAAUAAUUCGAUUUGCUGUUUUUCGGUGAAUAUGAAAAUCGUUAAUCAUUAAAGUAAAUUAUUUCCGGAAAGCAUAUCCUUAAAAAAGAGUUUAAACUUUUGACCGUACGACCAAGUUUAGUUUCCCUGGCGUAAAACGUCGCCUUAAACAUCGCUCGGCUGCACUUUGACAGCUUGGAACGAUGAUUUUGCGGUGUUUUUCCCUCAAACCGAUGAUGGGGGACUCUUGCUCUUGCCGUUUUACCCCUUAGCGAAUGAAAAGCAUACGCAUCUUUCUGUGAUUGUCCCGAAGUUGUUAGUGCGUGUAAAAAGCAGUUUUCCCACGAUAAACAUGCAACGGAGUGAUAGACUGGUGCAAAGACUUUCGUCCAAUUGAUCCGGAUGGCGUAAAGCUGGGUUGCCCCGCAGAAGGCUUGCGUAUCCUCGGUCGCUGUGAGAAAGGUGCGUGCGUAUAUGUAUGUGGAAGAAGCUGUGUAUAUGCGUGCAGCCGUCGGACGGCGAGCAUAAGCAAGCAGUCAGUACCCCUUGACGGCAUAACUUUGGCAGAUCGAUUUUUACACAAUGCGUGCGAUACUGUAAACCGGCAGUAUCCUUUAAAUAUCCUAUUCAUGCCGGAUGAUCAACAAAUAGCAAGCCGAGCGGACAAGCGAACGCUAGCAGGAUUGUGCAUUCAUGCGUUCCCAUUGAUGCUGGAUCCUUUUUAUUUGUACAACAACGGUGGAAGAACAUGAGUAAAGAGCUUUUUUUUUGGUUGGUGUUUUCCAAAUGUAAGAUAAACCAGGCGGACAUUUAGAUGUUAUGCUGUAUAGGUGGCUAGUUUUAGCAUGAAUGAAUCAUGGCAUCGAUUGUCCAUGCCGGUUUGCAAUAAGUUCUGAACCGAAUUAUGUUCUUUUUCGAGUGCAAAAAAAAGCUGUCUAGUGCUGCGUCGUUUUGUCCCGUAUGUCAUCCUUGUGAUUCUGUCUAGUGGUAUUUUGCGUAAUUUCUGAUUCAUCAAAGUGAUCAUCACGCGGUUAGUGUGUUAAAGAGGAAGCAAAACGAAAAACAUACCCCAGUGGGAAGACAAAACCACGAAUGUCCUAUUUACCGCAUUGUAUCUUCAGCGCAUAACACAAGAUAGCAAUGUCUGGCCACAAUCCGCCACACGGUCGACUGGGACAACCGAACACUACAUGGAAUCCGUUACAGGUGCCGUCGUACGUUCCCCGACAACCGCAGCUGGCACACAUGUCGAGCGAAAGAUCGAUGGCACGCUCUCCUUUAACGUGGCCUACACCACCGACAACGCAUCAGGAUAAGGUGUACAGCCUAAUGAAUAACCUUGAAAUGAAUCCACUAUUGCAAGGGUACGGGCGUAACGUUGGUAUGCCGCUGGGAUCGGUCGAUCUGACACUGUCAUCCGCCUCACGCAGCACACCCUCACCGAAAGGGGUCCACAACAAUAUUCCGACUGCUUCCACGAGUUCGUCACAUUCGACGCAUACCUCUUCGUCUUCAGCAACGUCAACACUGCCAUCAAACAUUCCCACCAGUGGCGUUCACAGCAUGGCCGCGGAUAGUGGCCUUACUGGAAGUAAUCACCAAUCGCGAACUGCUGGCACCUCAGUCGUACCCUCUUCGGGCGGUGUAAUCCAAUCGACCACGGUGGCAGCACUGAAAGAACGCAUGCAAGGUGCCGGCAGUAUCGGUUUGCCGCCUAGUGGUGCUGGAACCACAUCCAACAACUUUGGUAUGACGAAUACAAUCAACGACGGUAGUAAUAGCACGAUCGGUGCCAGUAUGGUACGGGGAGGCAAUGGUUUCGGUGCCGGUUUGAGCAAUCGCACAGCGAGUGACCUUGCCGCACUCGUGUCGGGCGGUCUGCUAGUAAAGGAUGCGAAGCAAAUCAACAGCGAAAUGGAUAGUAAAAAUGGUCGAGAUUGUUUUUCGCACAUUUCCGACUCGGCCGACUUGGUAAAGGAGUUCGUUUUCCAAACGAUGCACUGCAGCGCGUUGUCGGUUUCACCAAAGCGAACAUCUCCAGCAAGAUCGUCAGUGCAGUCGGCUUUAAGCCCAACUAGGAGUCGCAGCCCGCCGUUAAACUUAUUGCUCGGCCCGUCCACCAUCGACGGUGGUGGUAAGCUCGGUGUGGAUUGUUUGAACAGUACGUUUCCCUUGCCGAGCAACAAUACUGCUGUGCCAUCAUUGUCGCUGAGUACGGAAUCUACCACACCCGCUGCACCGUUGGACGGGACCGAUAUUGGCACCGUAACGGCACGAGCGAUUGGAUCAUUGCUAGCCGGUACUGGUAGCGAACUAGCUACCGGCACAUCCAUACCUUGCCCUAUCAAUCCUUCCGCUUCGCCGACCGGAAACAGUAUGGCGUCGAGCGAAGAUUCGGUCGAUUCGUCCAACAGCAGAAGCAACAGCACGCGAAGAAGAAGAAAGCCCGAAAAAACCAACAAAAUGAACGCGGCAUUUCCGCUAGAGGACGGAAAACCACUGUUCCCUGUUGCGGGCAAACCGGUCGACGGUGGGAUUGUAGGACUGGACGAGUUGGAUAGUUUGCGCCCGAACCAUACGGCUCGAAACGAUAUUACCGCACUAGCGAUCGAAGGUAUUAAUGCGCUCAGCCACGGUCUAUCCGGGGCACAGUGCGAUCUUAGUCAAGGUGCACCGCUGGUCAGCAUGUCGGAGAAUAAUGCACGGGAAGCGAGCGGUAUGCAUACGCCGCACGAUAUCUUCCUGCCGCAUCAUGCGCAACGAAAGCCACCAGCGGAAAUGUCCCAGGAUCAACAGAAGCUACUAGAAACCCUUAUCCAAAGCAAUAUGAACAAUAAUGGCACAGGACCGUCAACGAUCGGUACCGGUUUGCAUACAUCCACUGCAUCGGCAUUGGCUAGUGCCACGGUUUCGGACACGGCAGAAAAUGCAAACGCCCUGCCAAAGCAGCACGUCACGAAUGAUUGUGAAACGAUCGAUAAAAUAGCCGCCAUGGUAUCGUCUACGAAUGCGAUGGCACGAAAGUUUUUGCUAGACAAAGUGACGGAACCAACGAACGAUAAUGGUAUCGUCGGAUCGAUGGCAAACACGCCCGAAAUGAACUGCAAUGGACCUGCACCGCUUGAAAAGAGUACGGCGCAUGAGGAGAAAAAUGGCCGAAAGGGGGAUAAAAAGGCAAAUGCUUCUGAUAGUAGCUAUGAAGAGGUCGAAAAUAAGCUCGAAGAAAUGUUUGCGGGCAUUGAAGAGCAGCCGGGAAAUUGCGUCGGGUCGGACGUACACAAGGAAUCGACGGACACUGGUGAUAAUCAUAUGACCGCCGGAAAGUUAGCGUCUUCGAUCGGCCAUGAUCACGCGACAGAUGUUGCAGAUGGUGACGUAAUGAAGCAGCUGUCGAAUGAUUUAUUAUUAGCGAGCCGGGCGAGUGACGCAAGUGACCAUCCGAUGCAUACCGACAUCCCGGCCUGUUCCAGCAAUGGUAGCGGGAAGAAACCACUAACUCCAGCACAAAAGCGUAGCAUCGGAAGUAAAGCGAUCGCACAACCGGCGGGUGAAAUGAUCACCAGCACACCGGCAGCGAAACGUAAGCGUGGGCCUAAAAAGAAAUCGAACGCACACAGCAAACCCGCCAUCAGCCCGUUUAUGGAACCGGCGGGGCCCCCCAUGUUGGGCCUAAAGGCAUUGAGUAACAAAAAGAAGGGAAAGAAAGGUGCUGCCGCCGGUACGGGUAAGAAAGGAGGUAAAGCAGCAGCAACAAAAGGAAAACCAUGGAGCAAGUCUGAUGAUCGUGAAACGUCAGGAGGCACCGCAUGGUCUGCAGGGGCUGCUGCUGCUGCUAGUAUAGAAGCAAACGGGAAGUACAAGGGGCCUUACGUACAGGUCCGGUCGGACGGAUGCCAUACCGUCAUAAAUGCGCCCCUCAACGAGGAGGACAGUGAGAAGACGCAAAACAAGACGAAAAAGUUCAGCAACAGUCUCAACAGUUCGGAGCGAAGUAAAAUUCGCGGUCUGCAUGUGAGCACACUCAGCACCAAAUACGAUGCGGACACGACCGAUACGAGCUGGAUGUGUGUGUUUUGUAAAACGGGCCCGCACAAAUUUCGGCUCGGCGAUCUGUUCGGUCCGUACAUCAUAAGCACCGGUUCCAGCGAGUUCGUACAGAGCCAGGUCGAUGUGGAUUACUUUAGUGUGCGUCGAACGCGUGACGAUCUUGAAUCGAACCAGGCGAAACAAAAGCGUGCUGCUGAGAAGCUGAAAGAGCAGCAACAGUGUGGCACGAAAAGUAAAAAGCGGAAAAACGAAAAAGGAGCGGCAGUAAAUGUUGGCCCGUUUCCCGUACCAGGACCGAGCAACACGAAGGAAAUGCCAGUUAAGGAGGAGAAAUGUGACGAUACCCUCGGUGCGGAACAGCAUACAUCGACAGAAAUUUUUUACGGCAUGAUCAAAGCAAGUGAUAACACGUACGAGGUAUGGACGCACGAAGACUGCUUAGUGUGGGCCCCCGGCGUUUACAUGGUAGGGACGCGCAUCGUCGGUCUAGAGGCGGCCAUCUGGAACUGCUGUCGGCACCAGUGCCAGCUGUGCCGAAACUAUGGUGCUGUGUUGAGCUGUCUGCAUCAGGGCUGUCAGGCGAAGGCGCACUACAUCUGUGGCCACAAACAAAGCUGGAAGAUGACUGAAGAUUUCCAAUCGUUUUGUCAACUGCACGCAACUGCGAAAGAACCUAGUGGUGAUGGUAGUGACGAUGUAGCCUCCAGCAGUCAGGAAGCUGCAGCAGCACCGGCAGCAACGGCGAAGCAACCGAAAAAGGAAGGCAAGGCAGGUAAGAAGGCGGUGGUUAGUUUGACAACGAGUGCGUCAUGAAUAUCAUGUGAUGAAAAGAUUGAUCAACUUCAAUGGAGAUAUGACUGAUUGAGUGAGAAUCAUUUUAGCUAGCAGGUUGCAUUUCCGCAUAUUGUAAUGCAGGCGAGAUGCGAUAGAGGAUGUAGAGGCACCCUGGGCAAACGUUGGAAUUGAGCAGGAAAGAUGAAACUUCUGGCAAAUGCGGUGUGUGGUAUACAAGGAAGCUUUUAUAAGAUUACUGUUUAACAGUACAGUGUAAAAUGUAACGUGUUCAUAAUUUGCACAUAAUCACUUAAAUAGAACAAAACCCCUCUUGUCACCUACUUCAGUAUGAAUACGAACGAAUGCAGCGCCGCUCGAUGCUUCUCGUGUGCGAAGGGAUACGGUUCCUUUUUUUUAUCUAGGAAGAGAGACAUUUCGAACGUUCCGAAAAUGUGUUUGCUAGUUUUUAUCAUUUUACAAUCUAUGUUGCCAACCCUUGUUUCUGUCUGAUGUAGAUUUUAACAAACUUCUCGUCCUGUCUGCCCUUAACAUUUAGUAGCUUAUUUAGUAUUGUUUACGUAUUUAUGUACACCGAUACAGUCCGGUCAACUGUACACAUGUUUAGCUGAAAAUAUGCAGCAAAAGGUAUGUUUGUUUGGCUUUAGGGAUUCGAUUCAAGGUACCUACAAUGCUGAACUGUUUGGCUAAAUUGUAAAAAAAAUUGUGGCAAACACAUAUGCAAAUUCUUCUAAAAGAAAUGCACAAAGAACAAACGGUUUCGAGAAAAAAAGUAAUAUAUUUAUUUUGUUUGGAAUUAUAUCUGAACAUUUUGACAACAUUCCACAUUUUCCUGGAUAAAAUACUCUGAUCGUAAUUUCUUUUCUUCUUGCAAUAUUUUUGGCCUUAAACGUUUGUUUUAUCUUGUAAUCGUAUGAUUGAUGCAUACAGAACCAAAAACUACUUUACAUUUGCUUUACGAACGACGAAUCUCUCAAAAUCCCCAAACAAGUUCGGUACACUACCGACACGAGGCAAUAGCAAUGUGUACAUAGUCAGUAUCGCGUACAACACAAGCCAGUUCGGUUAAAUGAUUAGGUUUCUAACGUCUAUGGUUUUAGUGGCUAAAUCAUGCAUCUAUGUUGUGUUUGUGGGGCGGCUAGCAAAACAUUUAAUUUCUUCCGGAUCACGGGCACACGUAAGAAAUGCAAAAUUUUAAACCCUCACUAGCGAUGAAGCUGAUAGGCAAUGUGGUUUGGCUUAUUAAACAUAUAAAUAUAUACUUAAAAAUGCACGUAAGAUGGUAACAAGUUUUAGUUUAAUGUACCCAUAUAGAAAAAGCCCUACGUCGCGCCAUGGUUCUUAUACAAAGAUAUUUUUGUAUUUGGAGAUGUAAUGAGCAAAUCGAAAUACUACGUAGCGUCAUGACAAACAUUUUAUUCUUAACGAGCCAUAGUUUACUUCGAAAUUAGCGUACGGUUUAAGCAAACAGUGGUCAGGUUUUGUACUAUAGAAAGAGCGAGAGCUAGACGAUAAGAUAUUCCACCUUGUGUGCAUCAUGGCGUAAUUGUAACGAACAAAGAGAUAACAAACAUGGCCGCCGAACGGGCAAACGCUCGAUUAACUCACAAUCACGCAACGAUCAUUGUUCCACCAUUCGGCCAAAAACAUUCAGUGUGCUGCACCUCCUGGGACCGUUGCUACGAUGUAACGUUUUGGCGGGGAUCGGUACGACAAUGGCGAACGAUAAUGUAAGUUGUAAAGACAAGUUCUGUUUAAAAUUUGUCGAAUGCAUGUGAUUUACCGUUUAAAAAAAAAGAAGAAAUGUAAAAAUAUGGAAAAGAAAGUUAUUUAACAAAACAGAGACAUAACAAUGGUAAAAACAAGCAAAAACACAGUACAGAGAUAGUAAAAUACAAAGAAAAUAAAAUUAAAAAAAAACAGAUCAAAUUCUACUGUAGAAUACGUCGUUUUUUGCAUUGAAAAAUCGAACAAAAUACUGAUAAUAAAACAAAGCAAGUUUUAUGAAAUGAA